CGCGGGGGACAGGGGUGGGGGCCGGCCGUGAAGAUGGCGGCAGUGGUGGAGGUGGAGGUUGGAGGAGGUGCUGUUGCGGAAAGGGAGCUAGAUGAGGUUGAUAUGUCAGACCUCUCUCCAGAGGAGCAAUGGAGGGUCGAACAUGCACGUAUGCAUGCCAAACAUCGUGGCCACGAAGCCAUGCAUGCCGAAAUGGUCCUUAUCCUCAUUGCUACCUUGGUGGUGGCCCAGCUGCUCCUGGUACAGUGGAAACAGAGGCACCCCCGUUCUUACAACAUGGUGACCCUCUUUCAGAUGUGGGUUGUUCCCCUCUAUUUCACAGUGAAGCUGCAUUGGUGGAGGUUCUUGGUGAUCUGGAUCUUCUUCUCUGCUGUCACAGCCUUUGUCACCUUCCGAGCCACACGGAAACCUCUAGUACAGACAACACCAAGGUUGGUUUAUAAAUGGUUCCUCCUAAUCUAUAAAAUCAGCUAUGCCACUGGCAUUGUUGGCUACAUGGCUGUCAUGUUUACCCUCUUUGGUCUUAACUUAUUAUUCAAGAUUAAACCAGAAGAUGCGAUGGACUUUGGCAUUUCUCUUCUCUUCUAUGGUCUCUACUAUGGAGUUCUUGAGCGGGACUUUGCAGAAAUGUGUGCGGACUAUAUGGCUUCUACCAUAGGGUUCUACAGUGAGUCGGGCAUGCCUACCAAGCACCUUUCAGACAGCGUGUGUGCUGUGUGUGGGCAGCAGAUCUUUGUGGAUGUCAAUGAAGAGGGCAUCAUCGAGAACACAUACAGGCUUUCCUGCAAUCACGUAUUCCAUGAGUUCUGUAUCCGAGGCUGGUGCAUCGUGGGAAAGAAGCAGACGUGUCCCUACUGCAAGGAAAAGGUGGACCUGAAGAGGAUGUUCAGCAAUCCCUGGGAGAGGCCUCACGUCAUGUACGGACAGCUGCUGGACUGGCUUCGGUACUUGGUAGCUUGGCAGCCUGUCAUCAUUGGCCUGGUACAGGGCAUCAGCUACAUCCUGGGCCUGGAGUAAUCAGGAACCACAUCCCUGGAGAACCCACCCCACCCACCGUGGACCUCAGGGCACUCUCCUUGCUGCCCACAAAGACUUGGGUGGGAAAGACUCAAAGGCACUUGGGCCACUCAGGACCUCCCCAGCUGUGUCUGGGUUGCAGGGGGGGAAAUGAUGGAGAACCAGCCAGUGGGGCUGUCAGCAGUGGGGGCUUUUUAAAAGAAAAUUAUUUUGAUGAAUAUAUUUAAAUUUUUUUAUUGUGGAGCAUAGGAACUGUCCCCCACCCCGUGGCCUUACCCUCCUUGAACAGGGUAGGGCAAAGCUAUUGGUUGGGAGGCGUCUUCUCACCUCUGGCUUAAGAGCAAUGGUGGGUUUCCCUUCCCUUCCCUCUGCAAGGCUGAAGCCCGGUUUGCAGAGUGGAGAAGAGCUCAGACUGGUGCCACAGAUCAACACUGAGCAGUGAAGGGUCUCUUCAUCCGUCUGGGAUAUAAGAUGGCUGUUGUACAUGGCUCGGUUCCCUUUUUGUCUGGAAACUAAAGACUGAGUGUGGCAAAAUCAAUGACAUUUCCAACUAGGGAAGCCCUGUGACCUCAGAAUUCACUGACAUGUUUUGGGACAACUGGAAGAAUGAGUAGUGUGGAUAACCUGCUGCUGGGCAGGGCUGUUGCCAGGCAGGGCGUAGAAACCAUCUGUGUAUAGUUGAGCUGUGGAAGCUACUUUGGCAGCAAUGAAUGUUGAGCUUUUUGUGCAAAUAGACCCUUCAGCCUGGAAGUGGUAACAUGUGCCAAAGGCUGCUCUGCACCUCACUUCUUUACCAAAAGCCUAAGUGUGUGUGUGUUUGUGUAUGCACAUAGCAGAUAGACUAAUGGAUAUCAGUUUCUGCUGGUCAUCAAUAUGCCCUUGAAGCUAAGCAGGGAUUCCCAGACCAGGUAACAUCCCUGUGUAGGCUUGGUCAUUUGUGGGCUCUUCCUGGGCCCGACAAUUAGAGUGGUGGGUGGAUAGAAAGUAAGGCCUGAGUGGGUACAGGUUCUGAAAAAGGGGCUUCUGAGCCGGCCUAGCCUUAGUCCUGGGCAUCUGGACAUCUGGAGUCACUGGGAGGGAGGGCCUCGUGGGGCUGCAGCUCUGUGUUUCUAGGGAAAUAUGGCCCAGCCCCUUUGAAGGCAACAGGAACCCAACAGGGUCCUGUCUUCUCGAAUAAAGCUCCCUGAGCUGGGCUGAAGAGCUCACAGC